AUGAAGCAAUUCAUUUAUAUUUUAUUGUUGGCUAUCACAUUAAGUGUUGUCAAAUCAGAAAUUGAAUUCUUUACCAGAAGAUCCGCUGAUAUCAUCAUCGAAUCUCCAACUUUUAAUCAAAAUUCAUUACUUUAUUUGAAGGGAAAUGUAUUUAAUAGUGCAUCAUUAUCAAAUUUGAAGGACACUCAAAUCAGUGCCUUGAUUUCACAUGUUAUGGGUACACUCCCAAUGGGAGACAGCGACCGUGAGGGUUUCCCAACCAUCUCACUCUUUAACAAGCCAAAGCUCAACUUGCUUCUCGCAAUGGACAGCGUCGCCGCUACCGAUUUGGAGAAGAUGAAGUUUGUCUCUGGUGACGCCAUCACCAUCGAGAAGUCAUACUACCCAAUGGACUCUGUCGCCGAGAUGGCCACCAUCUUUAGCGGUGUCACUCCAGCCGUUCACGGUGUCGUCGGUUCUCACUGGGAGACUCCAUCCGGUGAGCGUAUGAACGCCUACCAAAAGAAGGGUAUCUCACUCGCCGCCAACUUGGCCGACGUCAUCACCGAGACCUACAACGGAAAGUCAUUGAUCAUCUCUGCCUCCUCGAAGGCCGGUUUGGCUGGUUCCACUGCCGUCCACCAACAGGUCGCCAAGAAGAUCCCAGCCGGUAACUACCACGCCGUCUACAACGGUGCCUACACCAUGCAGUCGAUCUACGCCAACAACAACUACGACGACGAAUUCAAGUUGGACUUGAACGACGUCGAGCGUAUCCUCUACUCCAAGGAGUUCAAGCAAUUCAUCUUGCCAUCGGGAUGGGCUGUUAGCCGUGCUCAAGACAAGUUGACCUUCACCAAGGGUAGCCAAUCCAUCGAGAUCGACAUCGACGUCGAAAUCGUUUUCUUGACCGAACUUGCUUCACUCUUCAACAUCGUCAAGCAAGUCUCUGGUAAGAACGCCUUUGACGGUGCCGUUGCCGACUCUGUUCCAGACAUGAUCUCCUUCUCGUUCGGUGCCAUCUCAAGCAUCGACAGAUCGAGCGCUUUCUACCCAUUGGCUCUCCAACUCGUCGACCAAGCCAUGUCCUCUGCCUACCAACAACUCUCUGGUUUGUAUGGUGGUCGUGUCGCCUGUGAGAUCGUCGUAUUGCCACCAGCUGCCGCCGCCACCGACUCCAAGUUGAUGGAGCAAGUCGUCGACAUUGUCGGAGACCACGUCAUCGGAACUCCAGCUCUCCCAUCGAUCUACUUGAAGUACACCUCCAAGACUCAACGUGACGACCUCUGCGCUCAAUUGCAAGAGUCACUCGAAUCUGCCGACUACAAGGUCUUCUGUGUUCCACAUCAAAUCGAGAUGAUCAAUGUUGGUAACGCCUCUUCAUCAUCCGAAGGUACCAGUAACAAUACUAUGGCCGAUUCUCAACAAACUGCUGCCUUCCAAAUCUUCCUCUUCUUGCCAAUCGUCUUGGUCUUGUUUGUCAUCUUUGGUGCACUCAUGAUGAUGAAGAUCUCAUUCGAUGCCAAUCAAAACGAUACCUUAUUGUUCAGAUCAACCAAGAGACUUGCUCAUUAA